ACACCCCAUUGAGAAUGAAUUCUCUGUCAAGUUACGAUGUUAGCCAGAUAUUCCAACUGAUAACGACUCUUAAAAAAAGUUUCUGAAAAGCAUUUUGCCAGACGUUUAUAGAAGUAAGAAACAUGUUUUUAUUUAACCACCAGAACCUCCGUAAAAAUUGAGACUGUUAUUUCUGGAGAUUCUAGAAUUUCCUUUGGAAAUAUCCCCUAACUAAAAGAAAGUCUGAUGUAGCUUCAUAAAAAUCUAAGUUAUAGUAGGUGCUGUGUUACUGAAAGCCACUGAGAAGACGGGGUUAAAAGCCCCAAAGUGGCUACAAACCAUAUAAGGAGAAACCCAAUUUUUUUUUAAAACUUGUGAUGAGCUCACGUUCUGCUUUUUGUUUUUUCUGAAAGCUGAAGUCAGUAACGGUGAGAGAGGCAGCCGGUCACGACCUGCGGUGGCUCUGGGGUCCCGCCUCCCGGGACUCCGUGCCAGGCACACUGAGCAUGCAAGCCGCUCUUGUGAUGACAGCUUGGCUGGUUUCCGUAGUUCCCAGUCACGAAUAUGGAGAGAACAGUUUGCCAGACAUCAAAAAUGAAGAUUUCAUCAAAGACUGUGUUCGAAUUCAUAACAAGUUCCGAUCAGAGGUGAAACCAACAGCCAGUGCUAUGCUAUACAUGACGUGGGACCCAGCGCUAGCCCUAAUUGCAGAAACGUGGGCAAGAAACUGUAAGUUUGCACACAAUGGACAGCUGCAUUCGAACAGGCUGCACCCCAAUUUCUCUUCAGUGGGAGAAAACAUCUGGACUGGCUCUCUAUCCCUAUUCUCUGCAUCUUCAGCCAUCACAAGCUGGCGCAGUGAAGUUCAGGACUAUGACUUCGAGACUCAGAGAUGCACCAAGGUCUGUGGCCAUUACACUCAGGUCGUGUGGGCAGACAGUUACAAAGUUGGAUGUGCAGUACAGCAUUGCCACACAGUCGAUGGCAUUAGACAUUUAACCAACUUAGCACAUUUCAUAUGCAACUACGGACCAGGACAAAGCUACCAAAGGCCGUAUAGAAAAGGAUCUACUUGCAGCGCCUGCCCCAGUGAUGACAAAUGUUUGGAUAACCUCUGCACUAACCUAAAGCGAGACAAAGUCACAGAUUACUUGAUUGUGCAUCCUGACUGGCCAGUAUCUUCACGCAACAGAUACCUAUCUCUCUUUCUCAUUGUUAGUCCACCAAUCCUAAUACUGAGUGCUAUAAUGACCAUUUGGGUCAAGCACAAAUACCCUCACUUAGUUCUUCUGAACUAAUAUAAUCCACAAAAAAACACAAUUCAUUCACAUAUGGGUUGUUUUUUUUUUUUAAA